ACAAUCCAUGUAUUCUUAAGUUCAUGGAAUGUUUUCUGUCAAUUAGUUAAUUGCCUCGUAUGUUUGGUUAGUUGUACAAAUUAUCCGAGUUCUUUGUAAUACGGAAGAAGAAAACAUUAUAAAAAUAAAUUUCAGCUAUUCUGUGAAUAAAGAAAUAUGUUAUAAAAAUGGCUAACACUUUAACUAAUGUACCUGUAUCAAAAAUCAUAAAAAGUAAAAGUAAUUUUGAAGAUGAGCCCAGGAAGAAAAGCAGGGAAGAUUGGCGGAAAGCAAAAGAAUUAGAGGAAGCGAGAAAAGCUGGUACAGCACCAGCAGCUGUAGAUGAAGAAGGAAAAGACAUUAAUCCGCAUAUUCCACAAUAUAUUAGUGCUACACCAUGGUAUUUUGGAGCACAGGGACCUACUUUAAAACAUCAAAGGCCACAACCUGAAAAACAGAAGCAAUACAGUAGUAUAGAUGAAUGGUAUAAACGGGGUGUAGAUAAUUCUAAAGUUGCAUCAAAGUACCGUAAAGGUGCAUGUGAAAAUUGUGGAGCAAUGACUCACAAAAGGAAAGAAUGUAUGGAACGUCCACGUAAAGUAGGAGCAAAAUAUACAAAUGUAAACAUUGCUCCAGAUGAAUUUACACAACCUGAACUAUCUAUGGAUUAUGAUGGUAAAAGAGAUAGGUGGGCUGGAUAUGAUCCUUCUCAGCAUAGAGCUAUUGUUGAAGAAUAUCAGAAAAUUGAAGAAGCAAAAAGACAAAUGCGUGCAGAAAAAUUAAACGCAGAAGAAAAUGAUGAACAAGAUUCAGAUAAGGAUGAAGAUAAAUAUGUUGAUGAAGUUGAUAUGCCUGGAACAAAGGUAGAUUCCAAGCAGCGUAUCACUGUUAGAAAUUUACGAAUCAGAGAAGACACUGCAAAAUAUUUAAGAAAUUUGGAUCCAAAUUCUGCAUACUAUGAUCCUAAAACAAGAUCCAUGCGCGAUAAUCCUUAUGCUGGUACUGAAAGAGAAGUGGAUUACAAGGGCGAAAAUUUUGCACGUUUUUCGGGAGAUACGCAGCAACAUGCAAAUGCUCAACUGUUUGCAUGGGAAGCUCAUGAAAGGGGCGUUGAUGUUCAUUUACUUGCUGAACCCACAAAACUGGAGUUAUUAAAACAGGAAUAUGAUAAAAAACGCGAUGAGCUAAAAGAUAAAGCUCGCGAUAGUAUAAUAAAUAGAUAUGGUGGAGAAGAACACCUGGAUGCUCCUCCACCAUCCCUUUUAUUAGCACAAACAGAGCAAUAUGUAGAAUAUUCAAGAUAUGGAAAAAUUAUUAAAGGGCAAGACCGACAAGUGAUUCGGUCAAAAUAUGAAGAAGAUGUAUUUCCAAAUAAUCAUACAUCUGUUUGGGGUUCUUACUGGUAUGCAGGCAAAUGGGGAUACAAAUGUUGUCAUUCUUUUAUAAAAAAUUCGUAUUGUACCGGAGAAGCAGGUAAAAGAGCAUUGGAAUCAUCAAUCGUUGAAAAUAAAAGAAUCGUAAACGAGGAACAAAAAUCCGACGAUGAAAAAGCAGAAUCGUCCGAUGAAAAAUCGACGAGUAGUGAUAGCUCAUCUGAUGAAGAAGAGAAAAUAUCAAAAACUAUAAGAAAGUCAAAAUCUGCUAAGAGAAAAAAUAAAAAACAGAAGCAAAAGGAAAGGCGAAAAAACAAGAAGAAAGCUGCUAAGAUGCAAGAACAGGAUAAAUUACAAGAGGCGUUAAGAAAAGAGGAAGAAAACGAGAAAGAAGCAGAAAGAUUAAUGCAAAUGGAUGAAAGGAAGCGUCCUUAUAAUAGUAUGUACGAAGUAAAAAGACCAACAAUGGAUGAAAUCGAAGCGUUCCAAAUGAAACGGAAACGUGAUGAUGAUCCCAUGGCGGAAUUUCUUAAUCAAUAAUUAGAAAACAUUAAUUGUUAUAAGAUUCGUUUCCUCUAGGUCGUUAUACGGCUAUGUACAUACAUAAGUGUUUAAUUUAUAAUAAUAUUUUUAUUUGAC